UCUCUCGCUUCCCUCUCUCCUCUCUCUUUUGCUCCCCCUCUUUCUCUCUCACAUCCCUAUCUCUCCCCUCCUCUCACUCUCUCUCAACUCUGUGUUUCUCCCUCUCUCUCUCUCCCCCGCCACCCCUUUCUUGCUCCCCCUCUCUUUUUCUCCCUCUCUUUCUCUCUAUGUCUCAUUCCUCUCUCUCUCUAGCUCCCUCUCACUCUCUUGUUCCCCUCUCACUCUCUUGCUCCCCCGCUCUCUUUCUCUCCCCUCUCUCUUACUCCCCUUCCCUCUCAUUUCUCCCUCUCUCUUGCUCCCCCUCUCUCCCCCACCUCUCUAUUUCUCCCUCUCUCUCUCUCUCUUGUUCCCCUCACACUCUCUUUCUCUCCCCUCUCUCUCUUACUACCCUUCCCUCUCACUUCUCCCUCUCUCUCUCUCUUGCUCCUCCUCUCUCGCCCACCUCUCUAUUUCGCUCUCUCUCUCUCUCUCUUUCUCUCACCCUCGCUUUCCCCUCUCUCUCAUCCCCCACCUCUAUUUCUCCUUCUCGUUCACACACCCACUCCCCUUUUUAGAGAGAGGGCAACCAUAGCUAUGAUGCUGCCAGCCAGUGGGGGGUCCUUAAGCAAGGUGGAUCUAUGGCAGCCCAGCAGCAUUAGCAACAUCUGGGGAAACACAGUAACCGAUGUGCACACGUCAAACAUCAGCACCGAGGCCCUGCUCUCUUACCUGCGACACGCCAACAUUCAGCACAAAAUUAUUGUAAAAAAUUUGCAGAAGGUGGUUGAAAAUCAACGUGCUUCUACACCAAGACGGAAUCGUAGGUCAAUAUCAAAGUAUGAUUAUGAAGAUUACCAUACCCUAGAAGAGAUUGUGAAGUGGAUGCAUCAUAUGAAUAGCACGCAUUCUAAUCUUGUUCACAUGUUUUCGGUGGGAACGUCAUAUGAAGGGAGACCAUUGUAUGUGCUCAAGGUGGGUACAACAAAGCCCUCAACUUCUAAGAAAUCCUCUAAGAGAGAAAUAUGGAUAGAUUGUGGUAUUCAUGCAAGAGAAUGGAUUGGACCUGCAUUUUGUCAGUGGUUUGUAAAAGAGGCUAUAAAUACACAUAAGAGUGAUCCCGUAAUGAAAAAGAUUCUUGACCAAUUCUAUGUUUAUGUAAUGCCAGUGUUUAAUGUGGAUGGAUAUCGCUAUAGCUGGACUCAUGAUCGGUUUUGGAGAAAAACAAGAUCUAAAAUGAGACUUAACUGCUAUGGCGUGGAUGCUAACAGAAACUGGAAAGUAAACUUUUGUGAGGAAGGAGCAUCUUUCAAUCCUUGUGACAGCACCUACUGUGGACCAUACGCUGAGUCUGAGCCAGAAGUAAAGGCAGUUGCUCAUUUUAUUCAGAAAAGGAGAAAACGUAUGAAAAUCUACAUAUCAUUCCAUGCCUACGCUCAGAUGUUGCUGUAUCCGUUUUCCUACCAGUAUGGUGCCAUUCCAAACUACAAGUGUGUGGAAUCGGCUGCACAAAAAGCUGUUGAAGCUAUAAACUCUGCAUAUGGUGUGCGAUACAGACAUGGUCCAGCAUCCACUACUUUAUAUUUGAGUUCUGGCAGCUCUAUGGAUUGGGCCUAUAAUAAUGGUAUCCCAUAUGCGUUUGCAUUUGAACUUCGUGACACUGGAUAUUAUGGCUUUAUGUUGCCCGAAGGACUUAUUCGACCAACUUGUAUAGAAACAAUGCUCGCUGUUAAAAAUAUCACAAUGCAUUUGCUCAAAAAAUGCCGCUAGACAGAUGUAUUGUUUUUAAUUUGUGUGGGUGUGAUUUACCACCUUACAUUAUAGAUCGUCUUUCAGAGAUAAGGAAUUGCCCAUGUGCACAAUAAAGUGUUACUAAAUACUG